CCACACGCGCCGGGGAGGCUGUAUGAAGAACAACUAGUUUGAGGACUUCAUGACAAUUUACAUAUUCGAUUUAUAAUGGAUGGAGAUCUGCUGUCUUUGUCAUCUUCCUCCUCGUUAUCAUCUUCAGCAGCAGAAGGAGAACCAACAGGAGGACAGAAAGAUGCUUCACCUAAAAGUGACAGCAGCCUUCCUCAGAGCCAACAGGAACCCAAAUCAGCUGAAGAAGAGUUAUGGGUGCAGGAGGAGAGUCCCGUGGCUGACAGGCUGCUGUCCACAGAGGAGCAGGUGACUCUGAUCACAGAGAGUCUGACAGUCACCUCGACUGACCAGGAAAAGCUGCUGCUGCUCAACAAGAACACUGAGCUCCGCAGAGUCAACAAGGAGCUGAUGAAGCUGAACGAGGACUGGGACCAGGUGUACCGCAGUGCCACGCUGCGUCUACAGCACAGGCUGGAGGCUUUGGAGCUGGAGAACAGCGCAAUCAAACAGCUAAACAACAGACUGCUCCUCAAAGUUGAACAUCAGCAGAGUGCAAAGGAGUACUAUGAGCAAGCAUUGAUGCAGGAGCUAAAGAAGAACCAAGAGCUGCAAGAAUAUAUCAGGCUGCUGGAGAGCAGGUUGCACCACCCAGGGAGAGACUUCACACCUGCCAAACCGGGAAGCUUUACUACUGUGAUGCGAGGUCCAGCUCUGGGCCCCGGAAGUCAUCCUGACCUGUCUUGCGGCUCUGCGCAAAACCCUUCACCCUCCUUUUUCCCAGCUUCUACCAGCCCAGAGGCUGAGUAUCAGCGAAAAGGCCAGGCCAGCAGUUCCCCACUGGGAGUGCUGGAAAACUCCAAGCAAGAAGUGCAUGAUUUAAAAGAGCAGCUGGAGGCACUGAGAUGUCAGACUGAGAUAUAUGAGGCAGAAUAUCAGACAGAGCACAACGACCACAAGCACACGCUGCAGGAGAACCGAAGGCUGAGGAAGAAGAGAGAGGAGAUGCGCCAACAGGUGGCACUACUGCAAGAACAGCUUAAGAUAUAUGAGGAUGACUUCAGACGGGAGCGGUCGGACAAACAGAUGCUGCAGAGGCUGCUGUUACAGAAGACGUCUGAAAACAAAAACCCUGUGCUCAUCCACCGCUGUAAUAAUGAGCAGCAGCUGCUAGGGGGCGACAAGAGACCACAAAAUGGAGAGAAAAGGAAACAGCACCACCCACUCUGCCCAAAGCACCCAAACAGGGACAAAGAGUCAGUGUGACACUUAGAGGGAAAGUGAGCCAUGUUUACAGAAAAUGAGUGCCUGGUAACAUCAGACUCACUAAAUGUGUCAGCAGCUCGCAAAGGAUCUUGAGUACUAAGUCUCGUCUGGAAAAGCAUCAUUAGACAAAGUAAAACUCUUCAUGUAAUUUUUUAAGCACUUCAGCACAAACAUUUGCCAGUGUGUACAUAACUCUCACUGCUGCAAGUUUGAAGUUUCCUUAUAGUGUAAAAAGAACAACCUUAUGAAAUAUUCCCUUCACAGCCGAAGAGAAACUGAAACAAAAAGAACAGAAAGAGAAGUAGGAGACCAGAACUGAGCGAGAAGAUGAGUGAACCAAAAACUGUAGUUUGAGCUAAACAAACACCUCACAGAUCCUCAGCUGACAGCUUCACUGUUUGUGCACGAAUGUGCUGGUUUGUGAAAGGAAGUAGCUACACACUGCUGUACAUAUGACAUCAUCACUUAGAACAAACAUAACCAGACAAGUUUCAGAAGAAGGUUCUUUCUUUUAUUUUUAAGGAAUAUUUUGAAACUAUAAUGACGUUGUUACUUAACAUGACAGUUUUCAGCUGUGCUAACUCGAUCACUUACCCACAUAACUUAACUUAUAACUUAAUAAUUUAGCAAUGCGGGACUGAUAUUGAUUGAAGAUGUGCCUGUAUAGAUAGUUUAGUCAAAAUCAGGCAUGAUUUAUGAGUGUAGUUCAUCACACUUGCAUCGUUUCAUGUUUCCGAUAAAGUGUAAAUAUGCUUUUAUUAGGAUUAACAUAUUUAAGUUGCCUUUUGAAUCUUUCACUUCAUUGCAACACUUUUGUGUAACCCUUUUUUGUAAAAGGUCAUUUAAUAUCUAUAAUGUUUAAUUAAAGAUACAGAUAAUUAAUAUCACUAACAAUUAUAUUUUUAUUAGUUUGUGUAAUUAAAGAUUGUUUAAAUGGCAUAUAUUGCAUAUACCAUGGUGUUGGUGGUUUUGUAGUACAUUCAUGCUUUUACUGAUCAAUGAUCAUUCCUGACAUCUCACAAACACAGACAAGGUGUUAUGUUAUGUUAUUAACAUAAGGUUUAGCGUCAUACUAGUCAUCAUAAUAAUGCUUAUAUAUGCAUUACAAAUUAUUUAUUCUCAUAUGGAUUCAUAAAUGACAGUUGUGGCUUUAUUAAGCUAUCUGUGUAAUGUUCAUAGAUACUAAUUGGCUAAUAUACAAAGCAGUUAUUAGCCAAUUAGUAAACAUUAUAAAAUAAAGCAUGAUUUGAUGAUCAAUUUUAAUACAUGUAUUCGCAUUGAUUCAGAAUACCAACACAGCUGUGCCGUUUAUGUGGUUCUUCAGUGGACGCAUUGCACUGAACCAUCAAACCUAUUUGCAAUUUCAGAAAGUUGUACAAGGAAGGUUGAGUGGGUUUUUUUCCUCAGAGACUAAUAUCUUUGCAGUCUGAAGGAAGCAGUUAGGGCUGCUGCACGUUUUUACUGCUAAGUGGUCUUUGUCGUCACUGAAACCAGAAAGAGUGACUGGAGGGGUUUUCCUAAACAAGAUUUUCCACUGCAUACUUCUAGGUUUUUGUAACAGACUGUGAAAGGUUGCCUGUCUUUGUAUUAAAGGGUCGUUACGUUUAUUUGGUCACUGAUUAAUUGAUUUUCACAGAUAUAUUUAAAAGGACAAUUGCUUGUCAGCACCAAAGUGAUAGAAGGAAGUCACUGUGGAAGCUGCUCUUUGUCACACUGAAACCGAUCUGCAUCCUCAAACUGAUGGGUUGCUUCUACGCUGCUCAUUUAUCCCUGUUUUCCAGUUUAUGAAUAAAAUAUAUUGUUAUUAAU